UGUUAUAUAUAUGAGAAAAGACAAUUUUAACUGAGCUGCAUUCUUUACUGAAAUCUAGGAUUCGAAAGUUGGAAAGCUUUAAAGUUAUUUUAAAGGGCCUUCAGUUCGAAACAUAGUACAAAAUGAAGAAUAUCAUUUUUGCAACCAUCUUCGCUGUGCUUUUGGGCUUAGCUUAUACUGCUCCCACAGCUGAUGUAGCAGCUGCUGCGACAACCCUUAAGCCUGGUAUCCAAGGUAGACAUGGCCUAGGAAUGUUUGGUUACGGGAUUGGAGGCUACGGUCAUGGAGGAUAUGGACAUGGUGGAUAUGGUCAUUCUCACCAUGGACACGCCGGUCAUUCUUCAGGAAACUACAACCAAGGUAGCUAUGAAAGAGGAACUUACAACCAAGGAGCUUAUCAGCAAGGUCAUCGAGGUCACUUAUCUCAUGGAUAUGGUCACGGAGGGUAUGGUGGCUAUGGCAAAAAAUGAAUAAUUUAUUUCGCUUCUCUUUGAAUGCUUCAUUCAAUAUCAUUUAGAUCGAUGAAUGAAAAUUGAUACUUGAUAAAAUAAUUUUAAAAUUAUGUAUUCAAGUUUUUCUUUGUUUUAAUAAAAAUAUUUUUUUUAAGUAAA